AUGCGGCUGUCCACCCACUCCAACCCAUUCCCACCACACGAUUUGCUGCGUCCUCCUCCCUUCCCAGACCCCUUCCUCUCCCUCUCCCCUGAGGCCCUCCAAUCUCUCUUCCUCCACUCCUGGCUCCCAGGAACAGCAUCUGGUAACCCUGUAACACCUCGUGCGGUUACCACCGCAUCCUCCUUCGCACCUGCCCAUCCUGCUUCUGUUCCUCCCUCCCUUUCGCCCUUUCCUGUUGCUACGGCACCACUGGGUACCGAUCCCUCUCAGCAUCAGUCCUACUUUGCUCCACCAGUAGGCGCUCGUCAGCAGCUAGCAAUUUCUCCUGCCUUGUUGGCAGCAUGGAAUACAUCUGCCGUACGCCCACCUGGCGUUACAUCUGGCGUUUCAUCUGGACGGCCGGCGUCGGCGCCGCCAGUAGCGGGAGCAGGGCAGGAGCAGCAGCAGCAGCAGCAGCAGCAGCAGCAGCAGCAGCAGCAGCAGCAGCAGCAGCAGCAGCAGCAGCAGCAGCAGCAGCAGGAGCAACAGCAGCAGGAGCAGCAGCAGCAGGAGCAGCAGCAGCAGGAGCAGGAGCAGCAGGAGCAGGAGCAGGAGCAGGAGGAGCAGGAGCAGGAGCAGGAGCAGAAGGAGCGGCAGCGACUACAGCAGCAGCAACAGCAACAGAAGCAACAGCAACAGGAGGACGAGUUUCUUAGUCAGCUGUUGGCGUUGGCAGAGCAGCAAGCACAGGCAGACACAGGUGGAGCGUUGAGGCAACAGGGGCAGGAGCAGCAGGGGGAGAGCCGUCAAGCAGAAGCAUGUGUGGAGCCACAGCAGCAUGAUGCCCAGGGAACAGUAGGAGGUGUGGGAGGAGUGGGAGGAGUGGUACGAGGAGAGGGGACGUUGCAUGGUGUCAGUCCCUUGGAUUGGUCUCCUACAGCUUCUUACCUCCAUGGCUUGAGUACGCCUGCUGUGACUAUGCCUGCUGUGACUAUGCCUGCUCUGCCUAACCCUCAUUACAGUUCUUCAGUUGGUGGUGGCGUUACAUCUCAUGGUCCUUCAGGUACUGCCAUUACAUUUCCUAGAGUCUAUGGCCACAUGGAGUCGAUUCCACCUACCUCCAUCCCAUCAUGCCAGCAGCACUCCUCUUCCAUGCAGCCACCUUUUGUGUUCUCUCGACCCAGCAUGGCACAGCAGCAGCAGCAGCAGCAACUGUUGACCUCUCAGCAUGCUCCAGUCCAGCAGGAGGUUGGCACUCUGCCAGGGCGGAUGCUGGGGGAGGGUGCAGCAGUGAGUGAGGAGGAUGAGCUGGCACAGCUUGAACAGCUUCGCCAGUUGCUGCUCUUACAGGAGCAGCUUAUAAGGGAUCAACGGGGGGAAGAGGGGCUUCAGUUGAGGAGGCAGGGUGAAGGGAUGAAAGGUGCGGAGUGGUGUGGUGGCUUGAAUCAGCAGGUGGAGAGAGAGGAUGAAGGGGUUGCAGAGCAUGAGAGGCAGUGCCGCUCAGAGGAAUAG